CAGUCGAAUUCGGCUCGUAAUUGUAUACAUCUUACAAUUUUAUAUAAAUGUUAAUAUAAUAUGUAGUUUCAAAAAUGUCAGAAUACGAUAAAUGUUUGAUUGGAAAAUUAGUUUUAAAGGGAGAUGAGCGAAGAAAGAAGAAAAAGCGAAAGCUCCAUAAAGAAAAUCCGAAUGAUUCGAAGAUUCUGAAACCCGAGAUAGAUUACGACGCUUCCAAACAUGGUGGCUGGGCUAUUUCUAAAGACUUUUCUGAUCUCAUUGGUGCUGUUGCUAUCGAAUUUCGGGAAAAUAGUUAUAUAAAAGCAUUAGAAAAUGGACUCAUCUCAUUGGGGCUACCACAUUUACAUGGCGAGGGUCCCCAUCCUGAAGAAAUUUUUUCUGUUCUCCCAGUUAAUGGUGAUAAAAUUUCAUUUAAAUCUGGUUAUGGGAAAUAUCUAGGCAUUGAAAAAGACGGAAAAAUCACUGGAAGAUCAGAUGCUGUUGGCAUAAUGGAACAGUGGCAGCCACUUUUUGAAGAUGGUAAAAUGUCAUUCCUAUCAGAGAUUGGAAGCUUCAUGUCAAUAAAUCCUGAAACCGGCGCUUGCACCGCUUCUAAAAGAAGUGUUGCUGAGAAUGAGAAAUUCAAACUACGUUGCAAAUCUUUAAAAAAUCCGGUUAAAAAUUGCGAAUUUAAGGGAGAUUUAAAUAAACUCGAAAAGGACUGUGUUAAAAAAUUCCAGAAAUUUCAAAAUAAGAAACUCCGAAUUUGUGAAGAUGGCAACGAACAGCUAGAGCGGGCUGAGGAAAACGGAUCGUUCCACGAAACACUUUUAGAUAGACGUGCGAAAAUGAAAUCUGACCGUUAUUGUAAAUGAUUUAAAUAUAAUAAAUUCUUAAUUGAUUAAGCAUACAAAAUCAAA